UUAGGAAGUGGUUACACUUGGCCAAUUCCUGGAGUGACAGUAGAGUCGAGUCAAGUUUUUGGCGCCGUUGCCGGCGACGGCUAGGUUGUUGAAGAAAAGUGAUUUCUGUUAAUUUAGCUUUUCUUUUUGCUUUGUUUGCUUUGUCCCACUUGUGCCUUCACGGGUGUGCUUGCUUGAGUGUGUGCAGGUAGUGCAUGACCCGUAGCCAGUCGGGAGGUUUACUGCCGUUGAAUCCAGAGAUUGACCGCACCUGUCGCCAGCUCAGGAGACAACAACGAGCUAGACUGGCUACGGAAGAGCGCAUAGAUGGCCACCUGAGCAGCGAUUCUGAAGAAGAGCACGGGAUGGACGGAGACUACAACCAACACCAGGGGAAUCCACAGCAGGUUCCCCCGGUGAAUCAGGUCCUGGGGAACAACCCCAUACCCCAGGACCAUGGAGUUCAUCAUCCACCGCAGCCGGGUCCCACCUUGGAGUACUACUACACUCCUCGGAUUGCUGACAUCCGCCCGGUCAUCCUCUACCCGCCGAUCCCAGCAAACAACUUCGAGAUCAAGCCAUGCUGGAUUCAGCUCAUCACAUCCUCGAUCCAGUUUCAUGGCUUGAAGAAUGAGGAGGCCAGGGUACAUCUGUCCCGUUUUCUGCAGCUGACAAACGGGUUCAAGCUGAACGGUGUUCCCGAUGAUGCGAUCCGCCUUCAUCUCUUCCCCCAUUCUCUGGCGGGGAAUGCUAAGAGGUGGUUGGAGACCCAGCCCCCAUUGUCCAUCACCUCUUGGGACGAUCUGGCGGACAAGUUCGUGCACAGGUAUUAUCCGGCAUCGAAGACUACAGAGAUUCAGCGGGAGAUCACUCACUUCCGCCAGGAGCCAGAUGAGUCACUUCGUGAUGCAUGGGAGCGGUACAUGGGAUAUUUCUGGCAGUGUCCCCAUCAUGGCUUCAGUGAUGCAUUCACAGUGGGGAACUUCUACAGUGCCCUCUCUCCAGAUAGCCAGAGGGUGAUUGAGUCUCUAUGCCCAGGAGGGGAUAUCCUCACUAAGACUCCACCCGAGCUGAACCAGAUGAUUAAUACAUUGGCUGCCAGAGAUCAUUCCUGGGGGCAGAGCAGCAGAAGCAGACAGUCCCGGGAUCGUGGUGUGCACGCCAUGGAGACCAGAUCCGGGCUCGAGCAGCAGGUAGCUGAGCUAGUGCAGACAUUGAAGCAGCCCAACAGUCUUAUUCCGGGCAGAGGUUUGGCUACACCUCCAGUUGCUCAGUGUCAGUGGUGUGAGAGCUCCAAUCACCUAGUGGAGGACUGCCAGGCUAUGAGGGAGUCUACCACACCCCAGGAGCAGUUGGCCUUCAUCGCCAAUGCGAGGCGCCUCGAUCCAUACAGCAGCACAUAUAAUGAGGGGUGGCGCCAUCAUCCCAACUUCGCUUGGAGCAGCAACACCACUAAACCACCUGGUUUCCCAGCACCAGCAGGUGGUUUUCAGCAGAGGCAGCCCUUCCAGGCUCGCCAGGGGCCAGACCCACAGCAGCCCUACCAGUCUAGGCAGGGGCAGCCAUUCCAGCAGCCCCAGCGCCAGUUUGCCGAGCCAGCAGCAGCUCCAGCCCCAGAUGACAGGAUGACGAAGCUGGAAAACAUUCUAGCUUCAUUCAUGACGAGCACUCAGGCGACUAUCACGAGGUUGGACCAGAGUGUAGCCUCACUGGAGGCAGGUCAGAGGAACCAGGGUGCCAUUUUGCAGGAUUUGCAGACCCAGGUGGGCAUCUUGGCCCGCCAGAACACCACCAGGGCACCGGGGACUUUGCCUGCCACCACUGUCCCGAAUCCUCGAGAUCCUCAUCAGCAGCUGGAUGCCAUUUUUACCAGGAGCGGUAAGACCAUAUCUGCUGAUCCUGUCCCGGCCAGACAGGAGGAACCACUGACUGCUUCAGCACUUCCAGCCGACGAUGCAGAAGUGCGGGUGGAGAAGGAAGCCCCUGCUCCCAAGCCACAACCAGUGGUUAAGGAGCAUGUACCCCAGCUUCCCUUCCCCACUCGCCUACACAAAGACAAGCUGGAGACUGAGUUUGCCAAGUUCAUGGCAAUGUUGAAGCAGCUCAACAUCGGCAUACCGUUCAUGGAGGCACUGUCAAAGAUGCCCAAGUAUGCCAAGUUCAUGAAAGAUAUCUGCACCAACAAGAAGAAACUUCGGGAUCUCUCGACAGUGAUGCUGAGCGAGGAGUGUUCUGCUAUCCUGCAGAACAAGCUGCCCGAGAAGCGCAAGGAUCCAGGGAGUUUUACUAUCCCUCUUACUAUUGGCAGCAUGCAUGUAGGCAAAUCCUUGGCGGACCUAGGCGCUAGCAUUAACGUCAUGCCAUAUAAGUUGUAUAAAAUGCUAGACCUAGGUGAACUUAGCCCUACUAGGAUGAGCAUUCAAUUAGCUGAUCGUUCUAUUGUGCAUCCUAAGGGUAUCAUUGAGGAUCUGCUUGUUAAAGUAGGUACAUUCACAUAUCCUGUUGAUUUUGUUAUUCUUGAUGUGCAUGAGGAUGUGGAUGUACCUUUGAUUCUAGGUAGGCCAUUUCUUGCCACCGCCAAGGCACUAAUUGAUGUGCAUGAUGGUAAGUUGAUCUUGCGUGCUGGGGAUGAACAGGCUACUUUUUCUGUGACUGAGUUUGAUCACUGUGCUAUGAUUGCUGUCACGCCUGUGCAUGCUAUGUCUGAUCAGGUACACGAGUCUGUCGUGUACCCUUCUGCACCUCCUAUUUUACAGGACCCUCCUAUCAUUCCUUCGCCGCCACUCCAUCCAGCCACGCCUCCGAACAAAAAGCUCAAGGAGGAGUGGCGGCCGAAGCAGCAGGUUGCUAAGCCUGCACGCAAGAAGAGUGGAGACCACUAUGAGCUGGUCCCACCUCCUGCACCACGACCACCCUGGCCAUCCGGGUACUCACUCGCCUGCAUCUUGCCAGAUGGACAGGUCGAGCUGACUGAUGAUAGUGGUCGCAUCCGUCGGGUGCAUGGUCACAACCUGAAGCUGUACCUCAAGAGCGAAGUGGAUUCGCUCUUGGAGGCACCUGUUCCUGCACCGCCCUGAGUAUCCACCAUGGGCGUCCAGCUAAAAGACGGUAAAGAAGCGCUUGUGGGGAGGCAACCCCACCAUGGUUUGAUUUUCUUUCUUGUGUUUUGAGUCGGAUUGUAACCCGGUUUGGGUUUGGUUUGUUUUCUUUUGGUUUGGAUGAUAUUUUAUUGGGCUGACCAUUGAACCUAACAUAUUGUGUCUGAGCUCUUCUGUUUCCCUUCGGCUGUGCUUGCCCCGACUGGCCCGUUUCCAGUCCCCUGCAGUCCGUGCAUACCGGUAACAUCGUUCCCCUUUUCCUUCCCUCUUCUCCAUUGAGGGCAAUGUCGAUCUUAAGUGUGGGGGGGGGGGUGUUUAUCUUUUGACUGCAUUAGAUCUGUUUAUGUGCUUGGAGGUGUUUAUCUUUUGACUGCAUUAGAUCUGUUUGUGUGCUUGGAGCCUAGUCCAGUCCACUGUCCAAAUUUUUAAAUUUGAGGGCUCCAAGUACGUGUUUCCUUGCAAUUGCCUGCUCAGUAUGCUUUGAAUUGACAGUCUUUAUAGUAAUAUGCAACCUAGGGAGGUAGUGUAGCACUAUGGAGGAUGUUGAUGCAUUUAAGGAGUCUCAUUUCUUCUUCAUAUUGAGUUGGUUGAUUGAGUGAAUUAGUGAUCUUAGGACCCUUGAAUUGUGUGGUGUUUUGGAUUCUCUGCCUGUCAUGGACUCUUGUAUCAUGUUUUGAAAAUAACAGGUGCUCGAAAAUGUGCUUCAAAAUAACGUCUCCCGUGCGAAUAGGGCGAAAGUGUGUAAGGGGAGACGGGAAUCCGUUCCCAAUUUUCACCUACUACCUCCAACCCCCUUACAUGUCUUUCCCCCGCACGAGGCUCGAGACAUCCGCUCCUGGCAUGGCCGGUAAGAGCAGGUUGGGACCCUUGGAAAAAAAAGAAAAGAAAAAUAACAGAAAACAAGCAAAACAGAAAAAAAGGGGUUCCAACCAUCUUCAAAGAAAAUCGAGCACCUUGAAAAAUGUGAGUCCAUGAUCCUUUGUUUUUGAGAAUCUCUCCAUCCACGAUUCAUUUGUCCUCUGUUCACUUUCUGCCAUGAUGCCGACUCGAUAAGAAGCUUUGAGAUGACUUGUGCGUCGGUUGACCUCGUAAGCUGCUAAAUGACCUAGGAAGUCCUCUACUCACGAUCUGGGUUGUUUGUUGCGAUGAAGGUCUGGAGAGUUGCAUUGGUUUGAGUUAGUUUUGCUUGAGGACAAGCAAACGGUUAAGUGUGGGGAAAUUUGAUAACGAUGUAAUUGCACAUAUUUGCGCCCUUAGUUCUUAUCCGUUUGAGGGGCAUAGUCGUGUGUUUUGGCCUAUUUUACGCCGGGUUGUGCUAUUUUGUCAUGUUUCAGGUCCCAGGCGUUAAAGGGAAGGCUAACCGCGAGUUUCGGGGCAUUUGGAAGUCAUUUCGGUGAGCUGGAGCCAAAACACGGGCAGCCCAAGGAAUUACACGGCCGUGUACUGCUGGCCGUGCUUUUUAUGCCAAGAGCAAAUUCAGUUUGGCCAAUUCAGCUGCAAACACGGGCACCGAAGCACGGCCGUGUUCAGUCAAAGCACGGCCGUGUACAUUGCGAAGCACGGCCGUGUUUAACCCACUUGCUGGCCGUGUAAUUAAGCCCUGGCCGAGGCACGGGCGGAGUCAGGCAAAGCACGGCCGUGCCCUCGACCGUGCUUUGGCCACUGAUGCUUUUAAGCAGAUUUUCAGCCACAAUUCAAGGGGAUUCAAGUUUUUGAGAGAGAGAUCAGUUCCUAGAGAGAGAAAGUGACGAGCAAGAGUUCCCAAGUGCCCUAGAUUGAUCUUCAACACCAUUGGAGGCCAGCUUGAGCUUGGAGAAGUGCCAAUCAACGUCCAGAAGCAGG